AUGGCCGCUGCUGCUUUGCAAAUUCAAAGCAAUGAAGACGAGGAGAGACAAUGGGGUGGAUCUUCGGAAGGUCGUACUUAUAAUGCUAGAGAUCGAGAGCUCAUGGAUCAACGACUUAAAGCUCAAUACUUCACAGAUCCAUGCAGGUAUGAGCCAAAUAUAUUUCGUAGGCGGUAUCGAAUGCAACCUUGGGUCUUUGACAGGAUGAUGCACAACGUGGCCAACUACGAUUCAUAUUUUGUUCAAAAAAGAGAUGCGACUGGGAGAGUCGGCCUAUCUACUGAACAAAAGCUGACAUGCGCCAUGAGACAACUCGCAUAUGGGAUCACAGCUGACUUCUUUGAUGAUUACAUGGAUAUUGCAAAAUCCACUGCCAUCGAGAUCUUGGAGCACUUCACCAGAGCAGGGCAAUAUACUGGCCACAAGGGGAAACCAACUAUCAUCUUGGAGGCGGUGGCAUCAUACGAUACUUGGAUUUGGCAUACCUUUUUCGGACUUCCAGGUUCUCUAAAUGAUAUUAAUGUACUUGGACGUUCUCCUUUGUUCAAUGAUGUGUGUCUUGAUGAAACCCCUGAAGUUCUUUACCAGGUGGGUAAUAGAUAUUACAACAAAUGUUAUUACCUAGUUGAUGGCAUAUACCCUAAAUGGGGUUCAUUUGUGCAAGCAAUUCGAAAUCCAAGGUCACCACAGACACAACACUUCACAAAGAUGCAAGAAGCGUACAGAAAAGAUGUUGAGAGAGCAUUUGGUAUUCUCCAAGUUCGUUGGGCUGUCAUUAGAGGACCAGCUCGUGGGUGGAGUAAGGAGAAUCUUCAAUACAUCAUGAUGACGUGUAUUAUCUUGCACAAUAUGAUUGUUGAAGAUGAACAUGAUGAAGAUGCAGCAGAACCAUUUGAUCCAAAUGAUAUCCCAACCAAACCAAGGAAGGCAGAAAUAUAUGAAAGGGAUCCAGAAAGAGAAACUGAUGUUCAUCGCAAUCCGGAAAGGUUAAAUCAAUUCUUGCGCCGCUAUAGGGAAGUUAGAUGUCCGGUGAUGAAUAAAAAUCUCCAAGAAGAUCUAGUUGAUCACCUAUGGAGCAUGAAGCUACAAGGUGAUGAGAACAAUGAAGAAUGA